AGCAAAUAGAAACAACUAGACGCUAAUUGUUAUUAUUCCCAAAUCCUAAAACCCCAGGGGUCAGGAGUCGCAAUAACUCAUAAACUCAACAGUCACAAGCAAAAACGUGCGACUUUGUUUAGGGCGGCGGUGCUUUACAGACCAAGCACAACCCCCCUAUACAUCACUUUUCGCCGUCAUCAUCGACGGCGACUUCUGCCCGUCUCCCGGACUCCGUAGGGUAUAGUUGAGAUCAGGAAUUGCAGUUUCAAAAGAUGGCUCCAGCUCCAUUUUCUGAUAUUGGCAAGAAAGCUAGAGAUGUCUUAAUGAAAGAUUACAAUUUUGAUCACAAGUUUACUUUAUCAGUGCCUAAUGCCACUGGAAUGGGAUUAACAGCUACAGGUGUAAAGAAGGACCACAUCUUUAUUGGUGAUGUUAACACCCAGUAUAAGAGUGGGAACACUACAGUUAAUCUGAAAGUUGAUACUUAUUCUAAUGUCUCCACAAAAGUGACUGUUGAUGAAGCUUUACCUGGCAUCAAAACAGCUCUUAGUUUUAACAUUCCUGAUCAGAAAUCUGGCAAGCUAGAUCUGCUCUAUCGAAAUUAUCAUGCCACUGUGAAUUCAAGUAUUGGCUUGAAUCCUACGCCUACUUUGGAGUUCAAUGCUUCAAUCGGAAAUGAGGAGCUCAGCAUGGGUGGGGAAAUGGCGUUUGAUACGGCAUCUGCCUCAUUUACCAAAUACAAUGCUGGCCUUACUCUCAACAAACAUGAUUUUUCCGCCGCAGUUAUGCUGAUGGAUAAAGGUCAGACUUUAAAAGUUUCUUACUUCCACAAUGUGAAUCCAUCUACCGCUGUUGCAACUGAAAUGAUUCAUAGACUUUCUAGCUAUGAGAACAGAUUUAAGAUUGGUAGCUUGCAUACAAUUAAUCCCAUUACAUUCGUAAAAACACGAUACUCUGAUGACGGCAAAGUUGGAAUGCUAUGGCAACAUGAAUGGAGGCCUAAGUCUCUAGUUACAUUUUCAGCCGAGUACGACACCAAGGCCAAGAAUUCCUCUUCUAAGUUUGGUGUUGCGCUGGCUCUUAAACCUUGAACUGCGGCCAUCUGCCCAAGAACUUUGGUUGAUGCCCUGCAUGGAUGAUUUUGUUUCGGAACAUACCAUAUUUAGAGCUCGAAAUGGGCAGUGUUUACCCGAAUGUUAAAAUUAGUAACCCAAAUGUAUCCAUGAUUAUACCAUUUAAAAGCAUUAAUGGGAUUCAGACCCAGUUUUUGGAUAGUUUAAAGGUACAAAAAUGAGCAUAUCAUAAUAUGCUUUAUUUGACUAUAGGUUUUUUGUGCGGAUAAAUCAUAAUCAAUCUCAUUUUUGAGAGAUUUUGUGCUUUUCUCUGAAAAGAAUAGCAUGUUAUGUUAUUUUUUUAUAUACUUUAGGUGUUACAAUCAAUUAUGUAUUUGCCAUAAAUAAAUGUAUUGGUAUUCAAUCUAAUUUGGCUUAUUAUAUGCAUGAUUUUUAUUGGCGUCAUCAGUAAUACAAGCUUGUGUGGACCAUGAUG